ACCUCGGCAGCUCUAUGGUAGUGAAGUAGUACGGGUGCCUGUGCGGUUCAGGUGAAGACGUAGAGUGUGAGAGCGGCGUGCCUAUGGCAGGUCUGGAGGAAGGCAGCGAGUUGCUGUUCAGGCGGGGAGCCGGCCAGAGUGAGGAUUCUGACAUCUGGGAUGAUACGGCUUUGAUAAAAGCCUAUGACAAAGCGGUCUCUUCAUUUAAGAAAGCUCUGAAGAACGGAGACUGUAACGUGGGACCUCCAUCACCAGAGAAGAAUCCCAAUCCAAAAAGAAAAAAUAACAAGAAGAAUAAAGGCAGGAAGAAGACCAAUGCAAUUCCCCUGAAAAAGUGGAGAGUUGGAGACUCGUGCAAUGCCAUUUGGUCAGAAGAUGGCAAUCUUUACCCAGCUACCAUCUCUUCUAUUGAUGGAAAAAGGGGAACAUGUAUUGUUGUGUAUACCGGCUAUGGCAACAAUGAGGAGCAACAUUUGACAGACUUGCGCUUCCCUGACAGUUCAGAAGCAGAUAGUGAUCAAAAAGAUCAAGUACAGGAUGUCAAUGGUGAGGAGCACUCAACAGAUGACAGUGACAGGUCAUCCAGAGACUCUGAAAGCAGAGAUCACCGUGCUACAGCAAAGAAUACCCAUUUCCCACCAGUCCCGCCUCCCUUCAUGCCAGGUUUUGGACGGCCUGGUGAGAACUCUAGUCAAGUACCUCCAUUCUUUCCUGGCUGGCCUCCAUUUUCUUCAGGCCCACCUCUGAUACCCCCUCCUCCUCCAAUGGGCCCUGAUAUCACAGAAGAUGAUGAAGCCCUGGGAAGCAUGCUAAUUGCCUGGUACAUGAGUGGCUAUCAUACUGGUUAUUAUCUGGGUUUAAAGCAAAGUCGUAUGGAGGCUUCAUUUGGAAAAUAUCCACAACCAAAAUAGGAAAUCUAAACGUCAUUGGCAUGCACCAUCUCUCCUAGGGAGAGGACCUGCUUCUGGGCAACGGAGACAUGAAGACAUCUUUUUGAACUGUUGCUGUCAUUUAACACCUAUAACUGUUGCCAUUUAGCAAUAGGUUUUCUUUAAAUUGUAUGAAAUCUGUGUAAUUGAAAUAUUUCAGUUUGUUAAAGAAAAAAAA